GUGGACUACCAGUGGAAGCCAGCUAACAUGGCAUGGGAUAUAGUGGUGAUUGUAGCGUCAUUGAUUGCCUGUCAACUUGAGUUGUCAUCGAGUAAUUCCAUCGGUGAUGAAGCAGCUGGAGGUUACAGGACUCCGCUUCUGACAGAAGCACCGUGUACCAGUGGGCCGCUAGGAAUGCAAAGUGGAGCUAUCCCCGAUAGCAGCUUAUCGGCUUCUUCCAGUUACAACUCCAAUUAUCGACCGUCCAAUGCUAGGCUGAACGUCGGUUCCGAUUGGUGGAGGCCACGCUACCACCAGGACCAAUGGUUCCAGGUGGACCUUGGCGACCACACAGCCGUCACUGGACUGAUAGUCCAGGGACUGCACUACCACCAUGUGUCCGCCUUCACCGUGCAGUUCAGCAACACUGCCGAAUCAGAAGACUGGCUUGCGUUGACUGACGCGGAGGGGAACAUUCUGGAGUUCCAUGGAGAUUCCUCUUAUCAAGUGACGGUCACGUUUCCUGUGGUACCGAUGACCAGAUACAUUCGGAUUUUGCCGACUGCAUGGAGUACUACGUCGUACCGACUCAAGUUUGAAAUCCUUGGUUGUCGAGAUGGGGUAGUGCGGCUGGUGGGCGGCGACGGCGCCCUCAGCGGCCGGGUUGAAAUCUACCACAACGGCGCCUGGGGGGCAGUGUGCGACGAGGACUGGGACUUUUUGAGCGCAACCAUGGUUUGCCGCCAGCUUGGCUUCCCAGAGGCCCUGGAGGCCAAACAGGGAUCGUUCUUCGGCGAGAGCGAGCUACCCAUCGUGAUGAGCCGGGUGUCUUGCAAGGGGAACGAGAAGCGCCUGGCUGACUGUCCAUUCGUCUGUAACAUCCCUCGCCAGUGCAACAAUUCCAGGGAAGCCGGAGUCAUAUGCAAAUGGAAUUCUGUCCGGUUGGUCAAUGGUCCGAAUCGCGCCAGUGGUCGUGUGGAGAUUCUCCAGAACGGCCGCUGGGGGACGAUCUGCGACAAUGACUGGGACUUGACAGACGCUUCGGUGCUCUGCCGCCAGCUGGGCUUCCCCAACGCUGUUGAGGCUGCGACAGGCGCCCGCUUUGGUCAAGCCAGGGCCCGGUGCUCAUGGACGGUCUGGCCUGCUCCGGCUCGGAGAGCAAGAUCACUGACUGCCCGUCCUUUUGUUGGGAGAAGACUCAAUGCAAUCACACCCAAGACGCAGGCGUGGUCUGCAACGAGGGGUAAUCUCUGAUGACCGUGAUCGUGGCAAACAGGAGUGGAACCGAGAGGAAGAAAUCAAGAGUUCUGCUGAAGUCAGUGCUGUCAUGUAUAGUCACAUUCUAUCCAAUCAUGUAGCGUAAAAGUGAUGAGCUGUCACGACCUUGUUUUAUGUCUGGUGUUAAUGUUGUUAAGUCACUAGCGGAACGCACUUGCAUGGGAAAGUGAAUCAGGUUGGAAAAGGUAUGGUGAAAUUGAAGUGUCAUUCACAUCCGGGUCUUCGUGUGCAAAAAGUGCUCCAGCUGAAGCUUGAUACUUUGAACUUCAUUCUCAAGAUUGUUGUUCUGCUUGGGACCACAUACAGUCGCAGUGGAAUUAUUUGGGCCAAUUUAGCCACCAAAUCUUUUAGUCAUAUUAAAUUUUGUUUUAGAUUUUCCACUUUGGAUAAUUACUCUGAGUCUUCCAAAUUCUUCACACCAACCAUACUAUUAUAACAAGAAUCGGCUUUUAGUUAUCGCUAGACUAGUUUUGACUUGUGAAAGUAGGACAUCAAGAACAUUACGGAUUACGGGAUUCAUUUCAUUAUAUUUCAUUAUAAUUAUGUUACGAUGAAAUUUAAUGCAAAGAUUCGCAUGAAUUUUUAAGCCUAUUCUUAGUAUAUACUUUUGAAGGAUUUCAAGAUUAUUACACAACAUUUAACAUAUCUUCCUAUUUACAGUCAACACAUUACUUUGAUGCAGCGCAUGUUAUGAUGUCCAAUGAUAGUCACCUUACAUGGAAAUCUGAUUAUUGCUGAUAAAGAUUCACACAAGAAUGUGUGUGCUUAUAAAUAUGCUGAAAGACUGGUCUAACCUCGCUCGGAGUGUGCACGAAUUAAUCCGUGAUAGAAAUCAUUAGUAAAGCCUGUUAUUGUCCAUUUGAUCUGAUUUGUUCAAACGGCUGUCGGCAAACUUAAUAUUUGAAGUAAAAUGAGCUUUUUCGGUUCAGGCGUUUUACUUAGGAAUGUUCAAGUCCGCAAGUCCCGUUCAUGUUUUUAUUCACAGGUGUAGUUAUGAAUACACAUUUUAUAAAUUUGAUGUAAGCAAAUUUUCUAUAAAUAUAUAUUUUGCUAGUUGAUUUUAAGUAAUUCUAUGAGGUUUAACGAGGCUUGUAGCACUUCUUGUUUCCAUACUAAGCGGCUUUGUAAAAUUUCCACAAUGACUGGAAGGGAAAGAAAAGUAGCAGGUUCACUUUUUUGUGAAAUAAACGUUCUUUUCUGAUCUUUGGGGAAACACAAAGAUGUUUGUAGUUUGAUUGCUGGUGAAAAUAUAGAUACGCUCAUCCCAGUGUAUAAUAAAGUCGUGGAACUGCAA